AUGUCAUAUGAUGGAAACAAAUCUCAUUAUACUCCAAGAUAUAACUCAUCAAAUUCAUCAAGAAAAUUACACGAACAACUGAAAAACGACUCAAAGUCUACAUCAUCAUCUACAACUCAACCACAGUAUCAAACCACUUCUGCAUCAAAUACAGCCCCUAGUACAGGUGGAAGAAGAGAUGUAUACAUUGGAUCUGGUUAUAAGUCUCGAUAUAAUGAUUCAUAUACUUCGAAAACUUCAAAUCCAAUAAAAUCAAAUAGUGGAAGUUCGUAUUAUAGCUCCAACAUUAACCCUACAAAUGGAGGAAAUGGAAUACGAUCAACUUCAAAUUCAUAUUAUACCUCAAGUUUAUCAGGAAAUACCCCAAUAAGUGCAAAUAGUAUAAGAAGAAGAAAUGAUAAAUAUUCACCAACAACAACAACUUCAUCAUCAACAAAAUAUCCAGAUCCAACAAAAAACGACAAAUUUAUAUCAAGAACUGGAUUAGCCACUAGCUCAACAUCUUACGGAAAUUAUAGAAAAGAUUAUUCGUUUAAACGACAAGCAUCACCAGAUUCAUCAUCUUCAUACAUUAAAGAACGAUCACCAGCAACUGAUCCUCUUUCAUCAUUCAAAGACGAAAGACGAAUGUCAAACCCAUUAGAAAAACCAACAACCACCACAUCUAGUUAUAUUUCAAAAUCAAGAAAAUCAAGUUGGGAAACAACCACCAAAAAUCCAUCAUCACUUGCAUCAUCAAGAAAAUCAAGUCUAGAUAAACCUAUAAAAGAAAAAUUCGAGUCCAAAAGAUCAUCACUAUCUAGUAUUAGUAGUUUAAAACAGUCGGAGUCAAAGAGAAAUAGUUCUGUGGAUAGUAUUGGCUCAAAUUAUGGAGGUGAACUAUCUAAUUUUGAUAAAGAAUUAGCUAGGAAAGCUUCUAUUGGUGAUAAAUCCGUUAAAAAAGAAGAGCCUAAAAAAUCGUUCUUGAUACCGAGAGGCAAAUCUGAUUCUACUACACCAAAAAUCGAAAGUGAAGAUAAUAAAUUUAUUCCCAACAAAUUGUCAAUCAAACCAGAAUCAGAUAUUGAAAAAGAUUCUUCCAACUUACAAAAAAAAUCGACAAUACCUAAAUCCACACAGCUAGUACAAAAAGAUUCAAAAUCAGAAAACAAACCUAGUAAAGAUCUACAACCAAUUAAGAAAACAAUAAUUGAUCAAACCUCAACGGAUUCAACAGAUUCAAACAUAUCAUCUACAAAAUCAUCUAAUGCAUCACGUUCACCAUCUGGAAUUAAAAAGACAUCAUUCAAUGAUUAUUUAAAAUUAUCAAAAGAGAAAAAGAAAAUUGAUGAAGAGAAGACUACUAAAAAUCCAGACCUAAUCGAAGAGAAUUCAUCAGUAAUUACGAAAGCAGAAAAGGCAGAUGAUGACAAAGCAAUACAAAAUGAUGAGACGAAAGAUGUUGAAAUGAAAGAUGAAACAAAGUCAGAGUUUAAAGAAACCAAAAAUGAAGAUAAAUCAUCAGUUGAAUCUACAGUCAAUACAACACAAGAUGAAGAGUCUAAACCAGAACAUGUAUCUGAUGAACAUAUUGUUGAGGAGAAAGAUGAAGAUGCGAUGGAAAUAGAUUCAAAAAAGGAAAUGACAGAACCCAAACUAAAUAUGAACAAAAAAGAUAUUGACAAAGAAGCAGAAUUAGGGUCGAAUAAAAAAGCAGAUAGUAGUGAUAACAUGGAGCAAGUUCAUAUAGAUGAAGUAAAGGAAGAAUCUGCAAUAAUGGAGAAAGAUCAAAAAACUAUUGAGGAUACGCCAAAUGAAAUUGCAUUAGAGAAAAGACCAGUUUUAGUCGAGCAAGAUAAAGAAGAAAAUGAUGAAGUAAAUACCAAGCAGAAUAAGCAACAAGAUACAAAAUCUGAAGACGACAUUGAUAUGGAUGAACUUAAAGAUGCCACACCUCCUGAUGCUCCACUCAAAACUAAUUUGAAUAUGACUCCUCAUACUACAUUAAAAAUUGAAGACUCAUUUAAUGAUUCUUCAAUACUAUCUCCCAUCAAUGAUUCAAAAAUCAAAAGAAAUUUUAGUUUAAAAGAUAUUGGUUUAAGUUCAGAUAAGGAUAAAUCAUUAAUUAACGACGAAAUAGAGGAAGAGGACAAGAACAAUGAUGAAGAAGUGAAUUUUUCUGAAACUGAAACCUUAAUCGGUACACCUCCAAGAUUGAAUCAUGGUAGAAACUUAAUCAAAAAGAGUCCUGUUGAUGAUAAUCGUCAUAAAUUGAAGAAAAAAAGAGCAGUUGUUGAAUCAUCAGAUGAAGAGAUGGAUACUACGAAUAACAACGACCAGGAAGAAAAUUUAGUUUUUGCAAGUAAAACUGAGUAUAAACCAAAACCAGAAAAAAAAUUGAUUCCAGGAAAAUCAAUGAAAAAAGCUCCCUACAAAAUUAAACGUGAUUCAAGUGGUAGAUCAUUACUACAAAGAGCAUGUAAGAAGGGAAGUUUUGAAGAUGUCAAAGAAUUUUUAAGUCGUGGGGCAAAUGCAAAUGAAAAAGAUUUUUGUGGUUUUACUUGUUUACACGAAGCUGCUUUAGAAGGUCACUCUGAAAUUGUACAAUAUUUAAUUGAUCAUGGUGCAAAUGUUAAUGCAAAAGCUGAUGAAGCAGGUGAUUCAGAAACUCCGUUAAUUGAUGCUGCAGAAAAUAAACAUCUUGAAACUGUUAAAGUGUUACUCAAAAAUGAUGCCGAUCCUACAAUUUUCAAUAUUGAUGGUUUUACUGCAUUAACUAAAAUUUAUAAUGAACAUGCUGAUGAAGAUGGUUAUGAUGAAAUUAUUAAAGCUUUAGAAGCUGCAAACAAUAAAAUUACAAAUAGACAAAUUUCAAAAGCUCAAUCAAAAGGUGCUUCUCCAGAUUCUAGAUUUGUUGUAAUUGAUGAUCCAAAUGAAAAUUAUUUUGCUGACCUAAUUAAAAGAAAAGGAAUUUUUAAAUGGGCAGCUGAAAAUCAUAAAGAAGUUGUUGCAAAUUUUUUCGUCUCCGGUAAUAGUUUAGAAGAUAAACCAGAUAUUUUGAUAAUUGCUGCAAGGAAUGGUCAUUCUGAAUUAAUUGAUAUUAUUUUAGGUUUAAAUCCAACUCAAUAUAAUAUUGACACCGAGAGUCCGUGUGGAGUUACUGCAUUAUUAGCAAGUGUUGGUCGUGGUCAAUUAGAAGUUGUUAGAUCUUUGUUGCAAAAGGGUGCUGAUCCUUUCAAGAUGAGAAAAAAAGAUGGAUUAAAUGCAUUACAAAUUGCUGAACAUUCAUCAAGAUUUAAUUCAAAAGAAGUUGAAUUGAUUCAAGAAUCAAUGGAGAAAAAAAGCGGUACUAAAAUUAUAUCUGCUGUUCCUUCAAGAGUUGCUUCUAGAGUCACAUCUAAACCACUGUCAAGAGCUCCAUCUGUACCAGUAUCUGAUGAAUCAGAGGAAGAGGAGAUGGUACAAAACAAUUCAUCAAUGAGAAAUGAAGAUGAAAUGAAUAUAGAUAAGGAAGAGGAAAGGACUAAAGAUGAAGACACCAAAUCGACAAAAGCAAACGAAGAUAUUCCAAAAAAUAAAGAUGUUGAUGCAACUAUCGAAAAUUUGGAGGUUAAAAAAGUUAGGGGCAACCAAAAUAAACCUGAUAUCAAAAAGAUCAAAAGCAACGAAGAUAAAAGAAUUACCAAUGAUAGUAAGUUAGAGAUGAAGAAAGUCAAAAGUAAUGAUGAUGGAAAGAAAAGAAAACAAGAUGAUUUAAAUGAUGAUGAUCAACAUAUUUUAAAGAAGUCAAAAUCAAGUUCAAGUAUCUCAAAAUUAAAAUUUAAUUCAUCCACAAAAGAGAAUGAAGACAAGAUGGAUAUUGACGCUUCUGCAAGAAUCGACAAACCUAUACCAGCAAUCAAACAAUCAGUUGUGAAAUUUGAUACCUCAGAAUCUCCUACUACGUCACCUUCAAUAUCAACACCAACAUCAACAGUACCAGCGGUAUUUGAAAAAGCUAAAUCGCCACCACCAUUAACUCCAGCUCAAGAAGAACAGAAAUUUAAGAGUGCAGAGGAAGCAAGAAUUAGACAGGAAAAAGCAGAAGCUAAAAAGAAAGCUAGAAAAGAAAUGUUUUUGAAAAUUGAAAAAGAGAAAGAGAUGAAGAAAAGAGAAGAAGAAGAAAAGAAAGCUGAAGCUAAAAAGAAGGAGGAAGAGAAGAAAGCUGAAGAGGAGAAGAAAGAGGUUGAAGAAGAACCAAAAAUAGCUGAAGCUGAACCUAAACAGGCUGACGAGAAAAUCAUAGAAGUUAAUGUCGAAUCUACUGCAUCAUUACAAGCAGAUGAAGUCAAUGAAGAAGUUGAAGAAAAAGAUGAAGUUAAAGAUAUUCCCAAAAAUCCAACAACCAACAACUCAACCAAGAAUCAAGAAGACAAAGAAAAUAAAUCCAGAACCUAUCAAUUUUACCCUACUGGAUUACGUAAAAUUAAAUUCAAUUCAAAACCAACUGUUUCAACAAUAUCAAAAUAUUCACCACUUUAUGUGUUCAUAAUUGAUGAUGAAAAAUAUGUAUUAGAUCUUCAAAUUUCAUUACUUACCUUAUCACCAAUUUCUAAUUUUGAAAGCUCAAUAAAUUCAUCAAAUUCAAUAGUUGUUGAAAAUGAUAUAAAAUUAAAAAUUUGGAAAUUAUUUUACAAAUUCAUUGGAAUAAACAACAACGACAAGAAUUUGUUCUUAAACUUGUUCAUUAAAUUCAUCAAAUACGAAGAUGCUUUACAACUAUUCAAAGAUAAAUACCCAUUUGUAUAUACUCACUUACAACAAUCUCAAUCAAUAGAAUUAUUACUUGACAACUUAACAGGAUUUGAUGACUUAAGAAAGAACUCAAUAAGCUUAACUGAUGACUCAAAAACUAGUAAAUUUGAUGAUAUAGAUAUUAUUAAAUUCAUCCCACCACAUUUAAGUUACAGAAAAGAUAUUGUUCGAACUAUAAAAAGUACAAAUAAUCCAUUAUGGACGAGUAGGCUAACGCUAUGUAAUUCAGAUUCAGAUAUAGAAACUGAUGAAAAUGAUCAAUAUGUUCCACCAUCUUUAGAUUUUGAAUUUAUAGAAGUAGAUCACAAAGAUACCCCACAAGAAGACUUAGCAAAAGUAGAAGAAGAAGAGGAAGAAUUUGCAUUCCCAUUAUUUUCAUCAUUAGCACCUUCAAAACCAAAUACCUCUAAAGAAUCAGAAGAAAGAGGUAGAUCAACAUCACAACCAUUUACAAUACAAAAAAUUUCAUUAAGAGAACAUUCAGAAGAAAGAAUCAAUAAUGAAAGACCAACAUCUUAUUAUUUCGCAUCGUAUAGUCCUUUACAAAAAUCACAGUUUGAACAAAUUGCAACUACAAGCGACGAUAUAUAUUCACAAUCAAAUUUUAUAACAUCAACUAAAGGCAAAGUGAUAAAUUUAAAUGAACAUAAUAGAAAAAUAGAAGAGAUACUAGCGAAAGCUAAAUCCAAAUCGAAAAAAAGACCAGGUAAGAAAAAAAGAGAAAGUAAAAUAUAUUGUAGAGAAAGAAGACUAGAGAGAGCUAAAAUUGCCAAACAAGAAGAAAAAGAGAAGAGAGCCAAAGCCAAACAGGAGAAGUAUGGAAAAUUCAAUAAAUUCAAGAGUGGUGGUGGUGGUAGUGGUAGAGUUAAUAAGAAAUCUUUUAAAAAUGACAAACUUACUAAGAACGAUAAACAGUUUAAGAAUAACAAAUCCAAUGGAGGUACUGCUAAUAAAAACAAUCAAAGUAGUCAGAAACCGAAGUAUAGAACUGAGUAA